AUCAGCCAUUUGCUUCGCUCCGCCCUAGAGCCCCGGAGUUCAGCCGGUUACGGUCCCAGGCCUGUAGUCGCCCGCUUCUUCUUUUCAACAUGACAGAUGCCGCCGUGUCCUUUGCCAAGGACUUCCUGGCAGGUGGAGUGGCCGCAGCCAUCUCCAAGACAGCGGUAGCACCCAUCGAGCGGGUCAAGCUGCUGCUGCAGGUGCAGCAUGCCAGCAAGCAGAUCACUGCAGAUAAGCAAUACAAGGGCAUUAUAGACUGUGUGGUCCGUAUCCCCAAGGAGCAAGGAGCCCUGUCCUUCUGGCGUGGUAACCUGGCCAAUGUCAUCAGAUACUUCCCCACCCAGGCUCUCAACUUUGCCUUCAAAGAUAAAUACAAGCAGAUCUUCCUGGGUGGUGUGGACAAGAGAGCCCAGUUUUGGCGAUACUUUGCAGGGAAUCUGGCAUCAGGUGGUGCCGCUGGGGCUACCUCCUUGUGUUUUGUGUAUCCUCUUGAUUUUGCCCGUACCCGUCUAGCAGCUGAUGUGGGCAAAGCCGGAGCUGAAAGGGAAUUCAAAGGCCUUGGUGACUGCCUGGUUAAGAUCUACAAAUCUGAUGGGCUUAGAGGCCUAUACCAAGGCUUUAAUGUGUCAGUACAGGGUAUUAUCAUCUACCGAGCUGCCUACUUCGGUGUCUAUGAUACUGCAAAGGGAAUGCUUCCAGAUCCCAAGAAUACUCAUAUCUUCAUCAGCUGGAUGAUCGCACAGUCCGUCACAGCUGUGGCUGGGUUGACUUCCUAUCCAUUUGACACUGUUCGUCGCCGCAUGAUGAUGCAAUCAGGGCGCAAAGGAACUGAUAUCAUGUACACAGGCACACUCGACUGCUGGAGGAAGAUUGCUCGUGAUGAAGGAGGCAAAGCUUUUUUCAAGGGUGCAUGGUCCAAUGUUCUCAGAGGAAUGGGUGGUGCUUUUGUGCUUGUCUUGUAUGAUGAAAUCAAGAAGUUCACAUAAAUUAUUUCCUAGUCUUCCCUCCCCCAGACCCCGUGAACAGGCAUGUUGUAUUAUGUAACAUAUCUUGAGCAUUCUUGACAGACUUGGUUGUCUGUUUAUCAGUGGCAACUAUUUACUGGUUGAAAAUGGGAAGCAAUAAUAUUCAUCUGACCAGUUUUCUCUUAAAGCCAUUUCCAUGAUGAUGAUGGGACUCAAUUAUAUUUUUUAUUUCAGUCACUCCUGAUAACAAAUUUGAAGAAAUAAAAAAUAUCUGAAAUAGAA